AAUAAUGAUCCAUUCCUCCGUUCUUGUGUGCCCCCAGGUGAGCUUUCCGUGGAAGAGGCGCAAGACCCUUUCCUAGUGAGCAUCCACAUUAUCUCAGACCCAGGGGAGUCCCAGCCGCUGCAGGAGGCCAUCGACAAGGUGUUAGCCUGGAUCCACCCAGACCUCCCUCUGUUCCGGGUGUCAGAACGGCGGGCUGGCCGGCAUAGGCGGCGGAAGCCCCCCAAGGACUCACAGCCCUCACUGGCUGUGGUGCUGUUCCUGCAGGAGGAAUAUGGUGAGGAGCAGAUCCUGCAGUUGUACCGCAUGCUGCAGCGGCCACCCUGGCGCCACCAUCACACAGAGCAGGUGCAUGGCCGGUUCCUGCCCUAUCUGCCCUGCAGCCAGGAUUACUUCACACUGGCCCCCGGGACCCCACUGUGGGCCAUCAGGCCUGUGCACUACGGCAAGGAGAUUGUGCGCUUCACCAUCUACUGUCGCCACGACAACUAUGCAGACAGCCUCCGGCUCUACGAGCUCAUCCUGCGCCGGAGCCCCAGCCAGAAGAGAGCGGACUUCUGCAUCUUCCCUAUUUUCUCCAAUCUGGAUGUGGAUAUUCAGUUCUCCCUCAAAAGGCUGCCCUGUGACCAGAACCCGGUGCCCACCGACUCCUCUGUGCUAGAGUUCCGGGUGAAGGACAUUGGUGAGUUGGUGCCACUCUUGCCCAACCCCUGCAGCCCCAUCAGUGAGGGGCGCUGGCAGACCGAGGACCAUGAUGGCAACAAGAUCCUUCUGCAG